AUGUGCGCUCUUGCGUUUGUACCUGCCACGGAUGUGCCUAAGGUUACUUAUAUUCGUGGCAAGACUGCUAGAGGUAGAAGAAAAGCUGUGCCUGUAAGAUACGAGCCAAAACUGUGGAACCAAUAUGAUGCCGUUCUUCAAGGAAUCGCGAGAACAAAUAACGCGUCUGAGGGAUGGCAUAAUAGAUUCCAAGUUCUUCUUGGACGAUAUCAUCCGAGCCUAUACGCUUUUUUAAACGAAUUGCAACAGGAACAAGGCGAAACAGAAUGCAUGCAAAGGCAACUUCAGUUGGGUCAAAAAAUAAGGGCUUUGCCGACAAAUUAUUUUUCAACAAUAGAAAACUGGAUUUUUAAUAUCGUAUCACAGUACGAUCAAUACGUGCAACAAAAUGAAGAAAUUAAAUAUUUAAAUACAUUGGGUUACCACUUACAUUUUUAG